AUGCCUCAACUUGAAGUUCUAACCUUCACAUUGGCACUGGUUCGCACAAUAAUGGCUCAGGGCCAGGUAGUGCUGGACCCAGGGUUGCAGCAGAAUCGACAACCUGUGCAGAACAUUUUGGGCGGAGUGUAUUCUAAUAAUGUGACACUAUAUUUCCGAAAUUCACCAUAUAGGGUCACCACUGACCUUACUGUUGAGCACGGUGCGACCUUAACGAUAGAAACAGGAGUGCAGAUUUACUUCGACACCGGAAUCGGGCUGAUAGUAAGAGGCACGCUGCAAGCGAUCGGAAAUGAAUUCGCCCACAUCGAAAUGUUGCCGUAUCAACAGCAGCUCAACUAUGACGCUACUUUUCCUAAGUUCCGCCUCAUCGAUGGUGCUACCGUACGGGAAGGACGGCUUCAGGCACUGUUCAGAGAUAGAUGGCGAUCCGUAUGCACCAUGGUCACGAACUGGACGAGCAUAGACACUUCAACGGCUUGCCGGUCCAUGGGCUACAACGAUGGAGGAUUCCACAAGUGGUACCGGCGCAACAACGAUACGUACCCAUUCGUGCUUCCACGCCCUGAUUGUCAUCCAGGAGCCAGCUCCCUGUGGGAUUGCCCAGGGUUGGCUGAUCCGAAUGCAAUUCGUCUCAGCGAGAACCUCUGUCAAGGAGAGGACGACCUGGGUCUCAUCUGUUGGGGACAGCCAACAUUCCAAGGAUGGGCUCGACAUUGGAAAGGAGUUCAAAUCUUCAAUUCUCUCUACACUUACGUGAGUGCUGAUCCCGACCAUGUGGCUGUGCAGAAGGAGUCGUUAAGUCGAAUGGAAUUUGUUGAUAUACUCUACGCUGGAUACGACGGGUCUACAAAGAACACCACGGCCGCGUUGUGGAUAGAGGGCGUAGCUCCGCUUAUGAACGGUAUUCGAGUGGAACGCAGCGCCAGGGAUGGAUUGUACAUCUAUGAACCCUCCGGACCGGUGCUGAUUGCGAACUCGACGUUUUCCUGGAAUCGAGGUCACGGCAUCGUUGUCGACAACACUACUGACGGUCGCGUAUUCAUAAAUAUGACACGGGUCGAAAACAACUACGGUGACGGAGUCUGGUAUCGACAGAAGAGCGGAUCGAACCUACUACAGGAAGAAACAAGAAUUAAACGAGACAUGGGAUUCUUCGCCGAGGAAAAGCCCCGAGCAGAUAUUUGCCGGCAGCACUCAUUACCAGCGCAGUUUUUCUUCCCCCAUCUUCUAGUGGCUCAACUGCGUAACGGCACUCUCUACGAUCCUUUGAAGCCACCAUCAUGCUGGAUUGCUAUCUUAUUGCCACCACGUCUCGCUUACACGUAUUCGCUGCAAUUUUUAAAUGUUCGAAAUUUGAACCCAUUGAGCAUUUCGUCUGCUUCCUUGGUUGUCUGUGAUGCCUCACAGGAGAGAAAUGCUUGCGGAUUAGAGCGAUUUCGGAUUCCGAUUCUCAACGGCAUUUAUCCACAGACUGUCAGCUUAAGGAGUGGAGUGAAUCCAUUGUUCAUUUCUCUUGAAUACCACCAGGAAGGACCCAGCGCCGGUUACGUGAUUGGAGAUGUUGAAGUACUCUUCAAGGUUCAUGCAAGUGUGACUGGUAAGUCUGUUUAUCGUCAUAUUAUGGCCGAACUGGUAUUAUUCUUAACGCUUUUGAGACACAUUAGUUUCCAAGGAAAGCUCGAUUCCCUUCCAGAAAAGGCCUUUUAUGGCCUUAAUAUUACGAACUCGAUCAUCAGCAACAAUAUCGGCAACGGAAUCUUCAGUCGUGACAUCCGUGAGCGCACAGCGUUGUCCAACGUGACGCUAAAUCUGAAUCAAGGGAUCGCUGGUUUUCUCGUGAAGGAUGGAGCUGCUGAUAUCUGGGUGAAUGACACAAGGAUUCGAGAGAAUUGGGGCGAUGGCUUGAAUAUAAGCUAUGCUGGAGGAGCGAUUACUGGACUAACAAUUGUAGGUGCCGCAUUCCAUUUCAACGAUAGUUCUCCAUUCUUUGCUCUUCAUCAGGAGAUUGUGUUCAAAGGUCGGCCGUCAAACAACAUCUUCUAUCUUCCGACAAUCGUCGCUGAAAACAAAUGGGGCGGUGUGCUUGUGGGAAAUUUCUGCCUACCAGUGUAUAGAAACGUCGAGCCAAAGGUGCUGAUCAAUUGGGUGGAGUUUCUAGGCAACUCGUAUCACCCCGCUGUAGAGAUCCAUUCGUGUCAAAGUCAUGGCGUGGCUCGAACUGUCAUUGACGUAACAGGAAACAGAAUCGAAGGCAACACCGGGAUGGGAUUCCGUGUAGCGCCGCUGGUGAACGUGCUGGCCUUUGUGAACAGCAAUCAGUUUCUGAACAACAACGACACCGCUCUCUUCAUAAGGAAUGCCGACCAGCCCCAACUGUGGUCGUUAGGAGCAAACGUCACGAUUUCGAAAAACGCGUUCAAAUUCAAUCGAGGAAAAAGCAUUAUUUCCAUUGGCCUAAAUGAAGAUGCACCGGCUCAACAUCUGAUUUUCAAUCAGCAAAAUGAGGUACGUGCAAGUCGUGUGGUCAUCCAAAAUUGGAGGUCUGGAGUUAUUUUUUCUUCUUUCUUCUUCUUGAAAGCAAUGAGCACACGAUUUUUUGCAAUAUUAAUUCCCAGUAACGUCGUGAUUCGUCGGAACUGCUUCAAAAAUCCGAAAGCAGAUUACGAGAUUGGAGUCGAACUUACCGAGCACGCCAAGCGGAUCGACGCAAAGGAGAAUAACUGGGGAUCGCCGAUACCCGCGCAAUUCAUGAACAAGAUCUUCGAUCAGUUCAACCGGUAUUCUCUAGCGGUGAUUGAAGUGGAUCCAUAUGCAGCCGUUUGCAACCAGAGGAAUCCUCACAUCACUUACCUGCAAGAAUUCUUCCGUGAGUUCCGCAAGGACUCGCGGCCAUUCGUGCUCGGUGGUGCCAUCUAUGAGAACCAUGAUUUGAUUCCUGGCAGGUAUACUGUAGUGGACGAUUUGCAUGUGGUGCCUGGAGCUAAGCUGACAAUAGCAUCCGGAUCAAUCUUAGAAUUUCACGAUGGUGUAGGGAUGUUGGUGCAGGGAGAACUUUCCAGGACGGAGUUCUUCGCCCCAGACAAGCAAGUAGUCUUCACCAGUAAGCCAUUCGUUUUACCCAAAAACAAGAACAUUCGUCUGGUUGACGAUGACGGGAACGAUGAAGUGACGGAGGGCCGGCUCGAGGUUUUUGUCGAUGGCGCUUGGGGCACGGUUUGUAACCGAUCGUGGACUCCGAAGCUCGCUCAGCUUUCUUGUAACCAACUGGGCUUGGUAGCAGAUCUUGAGUUCUUCGAAAAUUGGAGGAUUUUUCGCUCGAAAGGAGAGCUACCGAUGGUCAUGGACAAUAUUCGCUGCGAAGAAAACGAGGUAUUUAGUUACGGCUAUCUCCUAAUAUUUUAUCUAGCCCUUCGUUGUGCGGAGCCUCGUUGGGCAGGCGUACGAUACUCACUUCUUGCCAAUCCGCCAACUUUCACUGGACAAACUACGAUGAGUAACUGGGUAAUCGAAAAAGCCGGUCUGUUCGAUUUUCGGGUACCCGAGUUCUCUCCUGCACUUCAGAUAGACUGGAACUACCAUGUCUUUCAUAACUUGAGCAUAAAAGUGGGACCAUUUUUUACUGGACUUCUCCAGCAAACUAUUUACUGA